AUUGUGAGCCAUUUUAUUGUGUCUUGGACUUGAUUAUAUUGCCAUUAAAAGUCUAACCAUAAUGCCAAAAUAACUCAUGGAAAUGUCUAAACAAAAAAAUUGUAGAGGACAUCUCGCCAACACCACACUGAAGCUGCUAGCAUUCAAGACAAAAUGGAUUAAAUAAUGGUAUAAAUCACAAUAAGAGAAAAACAAAGUCCAGCCACAAAAAUAUGCAUCGUCACGUGUUAUCCAAAAACUAGUAAUUCUGUGGCUCUCCUUCGUUUUUAAUACACAGCCCUAGGCUUCUCAUCAACCCCAAAUCAUCAACUUCUUCUUCAUGCCAUGUUCACCUCAUACUUUGAUCAGAGCUAGAAGCCAUGAAUGACACAGUAGACAAGCUUGUAAUCUUCCUAGCAAAGAGAGAUGGGAUUGACAAGCUUGUGAAGACCUUCCAAUAUGUUUCCAAGCUUGUCCACUGGCAUGUCGAAGCUGCCCAUCCCGAUGCUGCCCACAGAGCCAAGCAAUGGGAGGUUGCAUCUGGGCUCAGUCGAAAAGCCUUCCGCAGCGGCCGCUUUCUCACUGGCUUCAACGCCCUGCGCCGGAACCCUGGUUCCACCCCAACUUUUAGGUUCCUGGCAGUGCUUGCUAAUGCUGGAGAAAUGGUCUACUUCUUCUUCGAUCACUUCCUUUGGUUGUCCAGAAUUGGGGUGCUGGACGCGAAGUUAGCUAGGAGGAUGAGCUUCAUAUCAGCGUUCGGUGAGUCUUUUGGAUACAUUUUCUUCAUAAUAUCUGAUUUCAUUAUGAUUAAGGGGGGAGUAGAGCAAGAGAGAAAGCUCAUCACUACUUCCACUGACAAGUCCACGGACGACGUGAAGGCGAGUGUUCGGAAGAUUAGAGAAGACAGAGUGAUGAGGCUGAUGGCGGUGGCCGCCAAUGUGGCGGACUUGAUCAUCGCGGUGGCGGACAUUGAGCCAAACCCCUUUUGCAACCAUGCGGUUUCACUUGGGAUUAGUGGUUUGGUCUCUGCAUGGGCUGGUUGGUAUAGAAAUUGGCCUUCUUGAAUAUGUUCAAUUCCAACAAGAACCAGAUGGGGAUGGUUUCAGUCAUGGAAAUUGAAAAAUUUUCAACGAAGUUGCUCAUGAGAAUCAGUAAAAAUAGAUGAGUUUUGCGUUCAAUUAAAAUUAAGAUCUAUAUUGAGUUUGUAUAGUCUUUCAUAUCUACUUGAAAUUAAUGGAUUCCUUCACUUGUACAAA